UGUCGCAGUGCGCAUGCCCAGUGUAGUAGCCGGUUAUGGCGGCGGUGUGUGUUUGUCCAUGAGGUGGGGGACGCCUGCAAUUCUUGCGGUCUGUGACAGAGCGAUCCGAGCGAACCGCUGCCAUGGCUGGAGUGUUUGACAUUGAUUUGGACCAGCCGGAGGAAAAUGUGUCCGACGACGAGAAUGAGGAGGCUCAACUCAAUGAUAUCAUGGACCAGUGCAGUGGAUUUGAGUUCAACAUGGACGACUGUGAGAAGAUUGAGAUUUCUGAGGACAACGUCAAUCAGGGGACGGAGAACAUCAGACCGGAGUGCUUUGAGCUGCUGCGAGUUCUGGGGAAAGGCGGUUAUGGAAAGGUUUUCCAAGUUCGAAAAGUUGUUGGAGCUGCAUCAGGCAAAAUCUUUGCCAUGAAAGUUUUAAAAAAGGCUAUGAUUGUGCGCAACGCCAAGGACACGGCCCACACCAAGGCGGAGAGGAACAUCCUGGAGGAAGUGAAGCAUCCCUUCAUCGUCGAUCUCAUCUACGCCUUCCAGACAGGAGGGAAGCUGUACCUCAUCCUGGAGUACCUGAGCGGAGGAGAACUCUUCAUGCAGCUGGAGCGGGAGGGCAUCUUCAUGGAAGACACAGCCUGUUUUUACCUGGCAGAAAUCUCCAUGGCUCUGGGUCACCUGCAUCAGAAAGGCAUCAUCUACAGAGACCUGAAGCCUGAGAACAUUAUGCUCAACAACCAAGGUCAUGUAAAGUUGACAGACUUUGGGCUGUGUAAAGAAUCCAUUCAUGACGGCACGGUUACCCACACUUUCUGUGGCACCAUUGAGUACAUGGCCCCAGAGAUCCUGAUGAGAAGUGGACACAACAGAGCGGUGGACUGGUGGAGUCUGGGCGCUCUGAUGUACGACAUGCUCACAGGAGCGCCUCCGUUCACCGGGGAAAACCGAAAAAAGACCAUUGAUAAGAUCCUGAAGUGCAAGCUCAGCCUCCCACCCUACCUCACACAAGAAGCUAGAGAUCUCCUGAAACGGUUGCUGAAGAGAAACGCCUCGUCACGGCUGGGAGCUGGAGCAGGAGACGCCACAGAAGUGCAGGCUCAUCCCUUCUUUCGACACAUCAACUGGGAGGAUUUGUUGGCACGUAAAGUGGAGCCUCCCUUCAAGCCUUUCCUGCAAUCAGCCGAAGAUGUGAGUCAGUUUGACUCAAAGUUCACCAGUCAGACACCAGUCGACAGCCCGGAUGACUCGACCCUCAGUGAGAGUGCCAAUCAAGCCUUCCUGGGUUUUACAUAUGUCGCUCCAUCGGUCCUGGAAAACAUCAAAGAAAAGUUCUCAUUCGAGCCAAAAAUCCGCUCACCUCGACGGAUCAUGGGCAGCCCAAGAACACCUCUCAGCCCAGUGAAGUUCUCAGCGGGGGACUGCUGGGCCCGGAGCCCCCUUCUCCCCGGCGGUGGACCGAGUAGUGUCCUCCAGUCUCCUCAGGACCAGGCCAUGGAACUGUCCACCCCAGAGCAGAUGGACGUCACGAGCAGCUCCGAGGCCUCGGCCCCUCUGCCCAUCCGUCAGCCUGCCGGGGUCAACCUGGCUCAGAUGAAGCAGCAGGCCUAUCCGGUGGUGGCCAAACGACCCGAGCAUCUACGUAUGAACCUAUGACCCACCGCGCCUGUUUAGGAGUGUUUAUUUCUUGACUCUUUCUUUAUUUUUUUUUCCUUUGUUGAUAUUUUUUUAAGAAACAAAGCAAAAAGAUAUGGAUGCUAGAGACAAUGAAAAUCCAAAAUUGCACAUCCACACACUACAUAUACCGUCACAGCCUGGAGUUUGUGCGUGUGCCCGGGACUCCAGCGUGAUACAGAUAAGUGCUACCGACGACAUCACCGUCUCACCACUUCUCCUCAGACACCUCAGGUCUGUUGACCUCCAUCUUCUGCCCCUUCACGCCCAGGAACUGGAAUCUUUUCAGGAGCUACAGCUUGUGUGUGACCGGGAAGGUCAUCGUGUAUCACACAGAAUGCAAGCGUUUCAAAGUGAACUGCAGUCAGUCUAGUGUAGUAGAAGAUGUCCAAAGUGCUUUGUGCUAUUUGAAUGAAUGCCAGUGAGGAAAUUGCUUCCAUUGGAAGAUUCUGACAGUACUUCUUCUAGGAAUACUUCCCUAGCUCUGAAUGAAAUCAUAUGAAUUAGGUUUAUUAUUUAAAAAAGAUGAAAGAAAAUCAUUGUGAGCAGCAGAUAAGCAGAGGUUCUGGUAUUGAUGAAUAUAGCUUUAUGUGUUACAAAGUUUUACAAAAUGAAUUGCAUUACCUGUGCUAUACAUCAAUGAUGAAUCAGAGCCUAAAUUAAAGGAGGAAAAAACAAA